UUGACCUACAUUUUCUAUAAAUGAUAGAAGGCUUGCGCUACAUCGUGCAGUGUUCAUUUGCGGGACAACUUUAUCUUCCCCCGUCAAUUACAACUACUGUACUCUGUCCACUACGAAGUGUCCGUCCAACUGACUACGUAUCAGAUAGAUGUAAGCCUAAAUGUCAAACUGUUGAAUUUAUAUAAUGCACCGAUGAAAAGGACCUUAUCAAUGGACGUCAUCUGAUCCCCAAAAGUCAAUAGUGAAAACGGGACAGUGUAGAUCUAUGGAGGCGUUACUAUGUGGACCGCCGUACACAACUCAAUUCAACUACAGCACGUACGGACAGCAGGGCGACAGCACGUUUGGAAAGCAAUGGAACAGCACAUUACCACAGCCCUUCAGCAGUCUGCACGAUCUAGAGUGUCUCGUGGAUGGUCUGAACAUCCUUCCUCACAUGGUUGUCCUUCCACUUGCCGUUAUACUGGUUGCUGUUGUUGGACACUGCCGUCACCAUGACUACACCCGUCUGCAGAGCCGACUCUGGGUCUUGUUCCCAGGGCACUCUGUCCGCUGGUUGACCAUUCUUGUACUGCUGUUCGUCACCAUGAGCGAGGUUGGAGAGGGUGUUCUAUCAGACAGCUUCACCCCCGGCCACCACCCCCACCUGUACGUACCGUGGAUCAUGGCUCUUCUAGCGACUAUACUGGGGAGUGUGUUCUACAACUUGGUGGAGAAGUUGAACCGCCCAAGGAUGCUAUUGAUUCUUGGACUAUACCACCUCCUGUCAGGGGGGUUCAAGGUUCUCAGACUGUCCCACUUGUACAGUAGGGGUGUGAGCACAGGCAGCCUGCGGUUCCAGCUAACCUGGGCUUCAGUACUGCUGUAUGGGGUGCUGGUAGCGGUGGAGGGAUAUGUGCUAUACAAAAAGCGAUACCUGUCUACAACUCCAGUAGAAGUCCCUGUACCGGAUGACCUUCAGGAUGAAGCUAUGCGGUACGCCCAGCCGUACGCGUCUCUACCGGCAUGGUUCAGCUUCAGCUGGAUGGACUGGGUCCUGCUGCUGGGCUACAGACAACCUCUACAGGCAGAGCAGCUGGGGCGACUACCACAGGAGAUCAGUGUAGAGGUAGCCCUGGAUCGUUUGACAAAAGUGUACAAUAGAGAAAAGGAGAAAGCUGACAGGACUGGUAAGCAGCUGUCUCUGUGGGGGGUCUACAUCCGGGCAUUUUUGCUUAGCAGGGAGUUUGGCCUGUCCGGGUUCCUCAUGCUGAUGACGCAGGUGUUCCUACUCAUCUCACCUCUCCUCCUCAAACUCAUCAUCAUCUAUGUUACCAUGGAGACGGAUAAACAAACAGAAGAACCCAUUAUGCUACAGGAGAGGUACAUGAUGAAUCCGUGGGAGUUUCUACAGAACGGUUUUGUCCUAUUGGUGCUGCUACUGGUGGUGUCUGUGCUGAGGACAGGGGCACAGGCCACGUCCAUGGCCCUCAGCUUCAAGGUCGGCAAGAUGCUGAAAUGUGGCAUGAAGGCAUUGAUCUAUAACAAGUGUCUGCGGUUGCCCAGCUGGCUGUUGGAGAAUGACCACAUCAGUAUGGGACAGGUCACCAACCACAUGAAUGAGGGCUGUAGUGUUCUACACUUCCUCAUCUUUCUCCUCCACUUCUCAUGGGCAUCGCUCUUUCAGCUUAUAGCCGGUAGUAUACUCCUAUACUACCAGUUGGGGUGGAACGCAGUUUUAGCAGUCGGCUUUCUUGUCAUUCUACUGCCUGUGGACCUGCUCAUCAUGAAGAAAAUGCACGACGUCAACACCCAGAAAAUGGCUAAAACAGACGUCAGGUUAAAGUGGAUCAACGAGUCAAUCCAGGGCAUCAAGCUGCUGAAGCUGUACGCAUGGGAACACCUGUUUGUGGGGAAGGUGACGAAGGCCAGGAAAGACGAGAUUAGACAGCUGUACACACACGCAGGGUGGAACAUCCUAGCAAUAUUCUGCAAUAAUGCGAGUCCGUUGGUUGCAACAUUGAUAGCCUUCGGGUCAUACGAGUAUUUCAACGACAAGCCACUGACGUCUGCAGAUGCCUUUACCGCCCUCGCUCUCUUCUACACAUUGCACGGCCCGUUCUCGGAGAUACCCGGUCUCCUGGGGCUCUUCACCGCCGCUUCGGUAGCCACCAACCGUCUGGGCCCGUUCCUGCAGUCGCUUGAGGUGGAGGGGCUGGGGGACGGACUCCGGUAUGGCACUGAAGAUGGACACAUGAAUGGAAAUGUGACUGCAGACCACAGUAUCAAUGAGAGUACAAACUUUAACAACAUGGGACAGCAUGAACAUACGGAGGACAGUUCAGACGUGAAGUUUAACUCAUUACGAGCCCAAGAAGACUACAACCUCGCUGAUGACGUCUCUGUUGAGGUACGAGAUGGGAGUUUUACAUGGGAGCCUGAAUCGGAGACAGCAAACAUCAAUGGGAUCAAUCUGGUGGUUCCUAAAGGAAAGCUGACCAUUGUGGUGGGCCAAGUCGGUUCAGGGAAGUCAUCCCUGCUGUCGGCCAUGUUGGGGGAAAUGAGGACACUGGAAGGUCAAGUGCUUUGGAACAAGAAACACAAUACCGUUUCCUACGCUUCUCAGCGUGCCUGGCUACUGAAUGCAUCCCUCAGAGACAACGUUACGUUUGGUCUGCCUUUUGACCAUGUAAGGUACCAACAGGUUAUCUCAGCCUGCUGUCUUCAGCCUGACAUUGACAUUCUUCCUGCUGGUGACCUGACUGAGAUAGGGGAAAAGGGUAUCAACCUGAGUGGAGGACAGAAGCAGAGAGUGAGCGUAGCCCGAGCGAUGUACGCACAGACAGACAUAGUUCUACUGGACGACCCCCUGUCAGCCCUGGAUGCACAUGUUGGGAGUCACCUGUUUGACCAAGGCAUUAUGGGACAGCUCGUGAAGGAUUGCAGGACGGUUGUCUUGGUAACGCACAAGCUGCAGUACUUGGAGUAUGCGCACUUGGUCGUUGCUAUGGAGAAGGGGCGGAUCAUAGCGAGAGGAACGCUGGAGGAAAUCCGCGAGUCGUCCCCGGAUCUACACAGGGGCUGGAUGGAGGCCAUUAGCGACUGUGUGCGGCAGAUAGACGAGGGGCUGGAGCCGAACACAGGGCCAACAUUACAAAGUCAAGACCAGAAACCUGACCACUGGAAACAACAGAGAAGCGGUGCAGCUGUUGUAGGUGAACACCUGCUGCAGAACAGGCUAUCACGACACCUGUCAGUAAACAGUCUGGCGGCGUCUGUGGAGGAUGUGUGGGUCAGGCGCGCUGACUGGCCACACGGCCGAGCAAAGAAAGAAGAAAGCAGGGCUGUGCAGGAUUUACAGUAUGGAAACAAAGAGAAGCAGCCUGAUGGUGAGCUGGGAAAGCUUGUAGAGACGGAGGAGAGGAUGGAGGGUGACGUGAAACUGACAUAUUACGUCAUCUUCGCCGCUGCCUGUGGACUACACCUGGCUAUUUUGGUCCUGAUUUUACAGGUGUGCAAGACAGGUGUGACAUUGGCCAUGGACUUCUGGUUGGCAGACUGGUCAGCUAGCAAUGCUGGUGUCAACAAUGAUGGGCAAAACCAUACCGGAGUAGACGUAAACUACACCCACGGAAACAAAUCACAGCCAAUCGACGUUCCGGACACAACAGGGUACUACAUUACAGGAUACACGGGGUUGUCUGUGGGCGCAAUUUUCCUAACUGCUGCUGCUGUGGCUGCUUCUAUCCUGACCAGUCUGAGAGGUGCCAGGGUCAUGCACGACAGGAUGGUACACAACAUCGUCAGGGCACCGCUGAGGUUCUUUGACACAACCCCUACCGGCCGUAUACUGAACCGCAUGGCAGGAGACCAAGGCACCCUCGACAAUAACCUACCCGGAGAAAUGGGAUACUUCCUUAGUGCUGGUUUGAAGGUUGUGUCAGCCAUCAUUGCUGUUGCCGUGAUCACCCCGUACUUCCUCAUCGGAAUGAUUCCCAUCAUCGUAUUCUACUACUUCAUGCAGAAGUUCUAUCGUGCUACAGCCAGAGAACUACAGAGGAUUGAGAACAUCAAGAACUCCCCGGUGUAUAGCCAGCUGUCAGAAUCCUUUGGAGGACUUUCUACUAUACGAGCUUACAGAGCAGAAGAGAGAUUCAUGGAUGAGAUGAUGACGAGAAUAAACACGGCCUUUACCCCGGCUAUGUACAUGAUGGGGGUGGAGUGCUGGGUAGCUGUGCGACUGGUGUGUGCGGGUGCUGUUAUAAUUUUUGUUGCGGGCCUGUCGUCUGUAGUCGCGGGGCUACAUGGACUGGUGUCACCUGCAUGGGUCGGACUCGCUAUAUCAUACGCCAUCAGGAUGCAGUUAGAGCUGUUCUUAACGGUAAAUAGCUUUGCUAAGGUUGAAACAUGCAUGACGAGUGUUGAGAGGGUGGACACCUACUCAAAAGUACCGGGAGAGAUUUACCAACAGAAAUCAGCAGGUAACACCAUCCCGCCCGAGGAAUGGCCGGCGUCCGGCACAGUUCAGUUGGACAGCUUGUCUGCCCGGUAUGACCGGACUCUGGACCCUGUCCUCACCACGGUAACGGCUAACAUCAGGGCAGGGGAGAAGGUCGGCAUCUGUGGCAGGACAGGCAGUGGGAAAUCUUCCCUCACUCUGGCUCUCUUCAGGAUGAUUGACAUGUUUGAAGGUGUAAUAUCCAUAGAUGGAGUGGACAUCAGUCGUGUGCCCUUGACCUUGCUAAGGUCACGUCUGUCAAUCAUCCCUCAGGACCCCGUGCUGUUCAGCGGCACAAUCAGGUUUAACCUUGACCCAGAGGAAAACAGUGAUGAUGAGGAGUUAUGGAAAGCUCUGGAGAUCGCACAGCUCAAGACUGUUGUAACGGACAUGCCCAGCAAACUCGAUGAGAUGGUAACAGAAGGUGGAGAAAACUUCAGCGUUGGCCAGAGACAGCUCUUUUGUCUAGCCCGAGCGUUUGUCCGGAAAUCCCGGAUCCUCAUCAUGGACGAGGCCACAGCUUCUGUUGACAUGGAAACGGACGCUGUUCUGCAGGAAGUUAUAAAAGUAGCAUUUGGAGACAGAACAGUUAUAACUGUCGCUCACCGGAUAGCGACCAUCCUGAACUCUGACCGGAUCCUGGUUCUGGACCAGGGGAAACUUGUGGAGAACGACUCACCAGACAACCUACUGAAGAAACCAGACGGACUGUUCACUACCAUGGUCAAGGCUAACAAGUAACGACUCACCAGACAACCUGCUGAAGAAACCAGACGGACUGUUCACUGCCAUGGUCAAGGCUAACAAGUAACGACUCACCAGACAACCUGCUCAAGAAACCAGACGGACUGUUCACUGCCAUGGUCAAGGCUAACAAGUAACCUCUCUAAUAAGACGACCACGCCCAUGAAACUGCAACCUAGCUGUAAAAUGCCAACCGUUCUAGUUGACAUUCAGUUUAGAUAAGGCCAUGUUGAUUUGAUUAUAUAGAUGACGUCCGCGCGUGCAUCAUGUAGGCCCACUUUUAACGAAAAACAAUUUUCAACCAUACUGUAAAUCGUACAAAACAGGUACAGAAAUAGCUGUUGUCUACAAAACGAUAAUGGAAAAAAAAAACGUUAUAUGCCAAAGACUACAAGUUAAUUCAAAAGAUAAAUACCCUUCUGACCACUUGGACUUCAAUAUGAAUGCAAAUUUGGGGGGGGGGCACUUUAUUUUAUUCGCACGCUCGCAUCAGCGUUGGGUUUCUCAGAGGAUGACAUCCAUAUAAUGAAAUCAACGUUGCCUCAAUUAUACAUUCAGACAUAUGCUCAACCUCUGUGUGGGUAGACAUAUACCGAAGAUUCCGUAAAUAUUCUUGGCUAAGGCUAAAAGGUAAUGGUAUCAAGCUAUACAUUUACGUGUUGGCUUAAGAAAACAUCAACUAUCGACGGCUUACCAGUGAAACGUAUACUCAGGGAAUAUACUUCAAGCGUCUAUGUUAAUCUAAAUAAGAAAGCAGAAUUUCUAGACUUCUGUUUGGUACUAUGAUGAUAAAGGCUAGAAAAGAAAUUGAGGAACUCUACAGUCUACUGUGCGGCAGCCGACCAAUGGUAAACAAAUGAAGACCAAGAUUUCAUCAGUUUAAAUACAAGUACAACAACAUUUUUGUGACUAAAUUCCUGAUUUCAUAUUCCAUGAUUAUACGACGUAUAAAGACGUCCAUACACAUAACGAAACUCCAGCCAUCAGACGGGGGGCGUUAUCAACUUCCUGGCAAGUAUCCGUAAGAUCAUGUUUAAGUUAAUGAUAUCACACGUCUAUAACUGUCACAAAAUUUACAUUGAUUGGUCAUGAUUGAUACAGACAUGAAAUCAAACCCAAUAGCAAUCGUUUUAAAUUAGAAGAAGCGCUAGUUCAUUUUAUGUUUAUUUCACGAGUGGAGACACCGGUGUCACCUCCAAAAAGAGGAUGAUCGGAACUGAACUGAACUUAUUUCAUUAUUAAAUACUAUCACAAUUCCAUGUAUACCUGCACUUAGCCUUAGGGCAUGAAUUUGCAAUAAAGAUUACUGUCAAGAAAGAUACUG